UUCCAUAAUUUCUACGUUUAUAUUCUUUUCUUUUCACUAGGAGACGAAAUUUAUCCAAUAUAUUUAAGAGAGUAAGACCUUUACCAGUUUGGAUAAUCACAAUCACAAUAUCAAUUUGACUCUGCACAAUUUUAUUCUGCUGAAUAAUACAAAGUUGAAAGAGACAUUUUCCUUCUUUUUAGAGCAAUUUGGAUAAAACUAUAUCUUUUCUUCUUUAUGUUUGACUUGUCCCUAUUGGAAAUGAACGUUUUUUUUUGCUUUCUUAUAUAUGUUGACAAUUUGUGGUUUUUACAAAGUUCAAAGUUGAUGGUACAAGAGAAGGCAGUGAAAACCUUUAAACCUAAACAGUCAGGUUUACCUUCAAAAGCACCUCAACUAUAUAGUCGACUACUUGGAAGAGACAAUUCAACUAUGAUUUAAAUGCUAUGAUGAAAAACGAGAAGAGAUUCGAUAGAAUAGACUCAGUUGGACUGAAUUGAACUUUUUUGAAAAUAAGUUUUCUCUCAGCAUAAUCCACAAUAUCAAAUGUCACUAUUGUCUGCACAUAUUUUCAGAGGAGAAAGAAACAGGAGUUGUUGACCCUUACAGAAAUUGUGUAUUGAUGAUAUGCACUUGUGUGCAGGAGAAUGAUUUGGUUAAUACACUAGUGCAAUCUUUCAAAUAUUUCGGAGAUAUCUUUGAACAAGUUUGAAAACUAAAAGUUUUUCAUUUGAAGGCUAUUUUUGGUGUCAAUUUUGCAAUAUUGCAGAGUUGUAGCAAUGAUUCAAAAUGAAUAGACUAUAUAUACAUACAUGUUGAAUAUAACUAGAAUGAAAAAUAUCCUUUCUUUUCCAAGUACUUAGUAAAGUGGUUACCGAAAGAAUAUCUCAAAACAUUCUUCAUGUGUCUGCUAUGUUGUCUUUCUAGUCUGUUGAAAGAAGAACAGUAACUCCUUUUAUAUAAUUCUCAAAGACUGAGACAGAAAAAGUUGUUUGUAGAUUUCACUUGGACUGUCCUUCCUGUCUUUUGUUAACUGAAUAGAAGAGAGUUUUCCUCGGUUUUAGACCAAACGAAAAAAGUGGCAGCAAAAACUUCAGGCUUCAUCCAACUUGAGAACCUACACUGCGGUCUUAAAA